CUGUAAGGUUUGAAGUUUAACCGCUUAAAUUACUUUCGUGCGCUACUUCUGAUCACAUGCAAUGGAUAUUCAGAAAAUAUAAUUAUACUUUCUUAGGACGCAUUUGAAGACUUCAUGAUUUCAUCUUCCAGUUAUCCGACCGAAGUUAUUGACUUGACUAAUAGUGAUACAGACACAAAACCCAUAUCACCAGCUGCUGUUCGACACCUUUCCAGAGAAAAGAAUAAAAGCACUUCAAAGGCACUUGCUGAAGCCGACGGCUGUUUCAAAGAUAUGGAGGAGAAGAAUGGUUGUGAUGACGAAGAUUUUGAUAUCGAAGAUGAAAGCAUCAUAGAACGCUUAAUUGGUCUCUUAGAAAUGUUUCCAGAGCCAGUACGUCGCGGUGUUUCUUUCGCCUACAGUGCAGCUUCAGAAGGCGUUGUAUCGGGUUAUUCUCUCAGCAGAUCGGUGACUUGGUUUUUGGUGAGCACAGCUACUGUAUGUUUCCUCCCACUUAUUCUGGAGCUAGAACGAGUUCAAACUGAAGAGCAAGAGGCAGUACAACAGCGUGCAAUGAUGCUUGGCCCUAGGGCUGCAGGUGGUGGUUCUGGCCUGGCCGGAUUCUCAGCAGCAGUUCCUCAUCUUACUCACAUAGAACCCAAGUAGAAAACGUAUUCUUUGUAUGCAUUUGUACUUUCACCAGUAAUUAUAAGCUAAUACAAGUACUGUUACGCUCAUAACAGCAACCCAUAUUUAGUUCACUAAGUCUUCACCGUUAAUUUGUACGUGAGGUUGGAAGAAAAUGAGGGGCGGCCAAACCAAAAUAUGGCAUCAGUGCUUGAAGUCAUUAACUUCUGUUCUGUUGUCAUGUUGGUAGAUGCAGACUACUCGGUUGGAGUCCGCGUGACUAUGGUAGCCAAUAGUUGGAGACUCUUGGUGACAUGGCUCAGAAUAUAUUACAAUAGCGUCAGUGUAUACUUUUUGUCUUCCCUUAAGCUAUGAGCUUAAAAUCAGAUUCAGAUUUGUGUAGUAAGGACAGAAGGCCUACAGCCUAUGUAAUUCCUUUUCUAGUAUGUUUCUCUGAGUGUCCAGUCUUCUCUUGAAAGAGUCAAUUGAAGGUGCGGACACCACUGCUUCAGGCAGCAGGUUCCAAUUAUUGAUGACUCAGUGUAAAAACCUGUACGCCACGGGUAUUUUACUCGUUCUUGGCUUUUCUAC